AUGGCCCGCCGCGAACAACAGUCAGAGCAAGGCUGUCCUCGACCCAGGAGAAAGUUGUCAAAGUCUGGUGACGACAAUGUUCUAGGUAUAUCAUGGAAAGAAGAACAAGAAUUACGCAAAGCUAUGUACGUUUCUUUAAGAGAUCAACAGCAGUCAAACCCUGAAGCUAAUACUUGUGAACGUCUUCGAUCUUUGCGCUCCAGUUUAUCGAGCACGACGCGCAUCACAUCACCUAAGAAGUUAAGGUCAAAUCUUAUAAAAUCCCGAUCCGCAGUUGACAAUAAACUUGCGAGAAGAAAAUAUCGCUCAAUGCCGCUAGUUGAAGAUAUCGACCUAACGGAAACUGAUUUAAAAACAAAAUUUCAGAAAAAAGAACUGUUAGAAUCUACUCCAGUCAGCGGUGAUAAAGCCAGUAUCAAGUCACCCUUUGUGGGGAAUCAAUCAGACAGAGCCAAAAUUCCACAAAACGCCAGCCUCAUUCGGUUACGCGACCUGCCGAACAGAAGAAAUCUGGUUGGAAAUUCUGAUGUGGAUAACCAAAUGGGUGAUGCUAACAGUUCCAACAGAAAGGCGUCUAAUUCUUCAAGAGCAUAUGAAGAAAAUGGUGGAAUGUCUUCUAUCUCCUCACCUGGUUGUAGUCAUCGUCCUACUUCGAUAACCGCUUCCAAUAAUGCAAAUUCCGAUCAUUGCAGUGGAAAUAUUAGUGGACGAAAAGCUGUUGCGAAAAGGAAUUCGUGUUCAUCACCCACGGGAAAAGCAUCUUUCAAGUCCGAGAGCAUUGAUAAAUAUGCUACUUGCAGCUCUCCGAAGAAAUCGCGAACACAUACUGUGAAGGCAAAACGAAGGUUGUUAGUCGCUGCAGUUAGUCCAGUAGUUCCCGCCAAAGAGCUUAACGAUAGUGCAUCGAAAUGCGUUAGUAAUGGUGAUUGUCAUCGGGAUUUUCAAAUGUUUUUGAAAUCAUCACAUGAUACUCUUCCAUCAGAACUUUGGCAAGAUCGUACAGGUCCACCUGUUUCAGUGUCUGAUUUUAUUAAAUUUAUAUGCAAUUAUGAUUGUGAAGAAACUUGUAAACCAAAUAAAGAAUGGUUCAAUAGACCGUAUGUCUUUCGUGGGAAAUCUAUUCAACGGUCCUCACAAACUAGUCAACCUUCAUCCAAAUCAUCAAAGAGGGGGCAACUCAAUAGCAACAUAAUGAAUUCAACUGCAAAUAUCACUGUUGAAAUUUCACAACAAACAAUAUCGCCAGCAAGUAUCAGAACAAGUGGUUUGCGCAUAGCCAAAAAGUUUGCAUACGUUCAACAACAUCGAAACACUUGUUCUGUUACCAGGCCCAUUUCCCCCUUCCUGGAAAGUGAUGACCUUGACAAUAAACCACGGACCAAACAUCCUUCAACUACACAGCUAUGUAACAGGCUCAGGAGGAAAUUGAAUUGA